AUUUUAGGAAAUAUAGGCAAUCAUGCCUCGAUAUGAAGUAUCAAUUAUAAUGAAACUGUUAAGUCGACCUCAGAAAAUUGAAGCAGUCAAAGAAAUUGCGUCGUAUCUUAUCAGUCAAGGUUGUAAUGUACGUAAAGUCACCAGCAUGGGAGAUCGUAACCUGCCCUACAAAAUAAAGGUACAUUCAAAACCUCACCAUCAGGGAUCGUAUAUUUUGCUGGAUAUGGAUUUUAAAAUCUCACAGAAGGACGCUUUAAAUCGUUAUUUUGGACACAAUAAAAAUAUUGUCCGGUCUUCAUUAUUUAAUUUUGAAACUGUUUAUGGGGAAGAGAGUCCAUGUGAUGGGAUGGAAAAUGUCGAUUACCUUAAAGAAAUCGAAAACUUAAAGACUAAGUUGGUUCCAAAGAAGACUAGAGAAACAGUUGAAACAAAUUGGCCGUUUCCGAUGUAAUAUUUAACAUUUUGUUGCUAUUAACUGUGUGAAACUGCAAUUUUUGAGUUGCAAAUGCAAUCGUGAAGUUUCAUUAUGUAAACAUUUUUAAUAGAAUUUUAAUAUUAGUAGUAGAAUGGAUUCUGUAACUGAACCAAAGCAACAAAGUUUACCUGCAAUUGCAGUGACAGUCAUUGCUGGGUUACUAAUCUGGGUGCUGUUGUCAUUCUUUAGGAAGAAGGAAGUAAAAGACAAAGAUGAACAAAUCAAUGAAACAAAACCAAAUGAAAACACAAGCAACGUGAAAACUGGGAAUAAAAAGGCGAAACAUCAGAGGUUCCUCAAGAAACCUUCAUUUGUGAACUUCACACAUCCUUAUCUGCAUGUUACACUAAAGGGCCACAGUGGAAAGGUUUUGGGUUUGGAUGCGAGCAUCAAUGGGAAGUACAUGGCAUCAUGCUCCGAUGACAGAAGCGUGAGGUUAUGGAGCGUCAAAGAUUUUGGUUCUGGUAACAAAUGUGUGCGAGUCAAUGUGGAGUUCGAUCAUGCAAGACAAGCUCGUUUCAGUCCAGACUCCAGAGCCUUCAUUGCUGGUCUUGCUGUUGAAAACACAGUUCGUGUUUUUAAACUUGGUAAGAAAGAUGAUGGCGUGACAACCUGCAUCCCCAUAGAAGAAGACUUUAAAAAAUAUAACCAGGCUGAGCUGUUAAAUAUUGGAGUUGGUGCAACAUCAAGUGGGGGAAGUUAUGUGAUGACUGCAUACAAAAACACAACGAUCAUGGUACGUAACUUGAAGGGAGAUAUUCUUCAUACCAUCAACACAAACCAAGGAAAUAACAAUCAUGCUGCUGUGUCUCCGUGUGGAAGAUUUGUGGCAUCUUCUGGUUGGACACCUGAUGUUAAAGUAUGGGCCGUCAACUUCACACGCUCUGGUGAUUAUAAGGAUGUGACACGAGCAUUUGAACUGAAAGGUCACACUACUUCUGUUUGGUCGUUCGAUUUUAACAAUGAUUCAACAAGAAUGGUAACCGUUUCCAAAGAUGGCUCUUGGAGAUUUUAUGACACAAGGGUGGAAUACGAGAAAGGUCAAGAACCCUACUUGUUAAACUCGGGAGAAUUCUGUAUCACUGGUUGUUCCGUUGAUGUUGAUUAUUGCAUCGUUGCUUUGUCCCCAGAUGCAAGAGUUGCUGCUGUAGCUUGUAUGAACAACAUCACUGUCUUCUCGACUGCAACAGGCGAAGUUGAAGUGGAAUUCACGGAAGUUCACUCUGAAAUAAUAUCUUCCUUGAUAUUUGACAUUGCUGGAAGAUACAUUUUGUCUUCCGGAGACAAGCACAUCCGUAUCUUUCACAACACUCUGGGGUAUAAAGAAACGAUACGAGAGUUAGAAGACAAGAUUAAACCUCUACCAUCUGCAUCCACCACAAGGGAGAGAUACCAGAAGCAAAUUAAUGAAGCAAAAAAAGCUCUCGCUGCCAUUGACAAAAGCAGUUGAUAAUAUUUGCUGAAAAUAAUUUAUUGCACACACUAAGUAGAAUGAAUUUAAAAUUGUUGAAAUUUGUAGUAAUUGUUAGAGUCACGGUGUGUGAAAGUUAAUUAAAGCAAUGUCUUGUUUAGUUGGCAAUACAUACAAUUAGGUAUCUGGUAUAUCUUAGUGCAAUAAAACACUUUUGCU